AUGAGGCCUACUCCGGGUGUGUCAAGAUUAUGCACUCAACAAGCUAAUGAACCUUCCACCACUGCCUCAUAUGGUGUGCAGAGUGAUCCCGCUAUUGUAGCUCCCAGUCGAGCAAGAUCUUGUGGAGAAAGACAAACUACAUCUAAUAGUACCCAAGAUGCUCAGGGUCAAGGAACAUCCACUGCCACUAGUCACUCCAGCACAAGUGCUCCCAAGCUCAAAUAUGAUGGUGCCAAAUGUUGGCACCCACCUAAGCCUGAAUUAAAGCGUAUUUCUCAGAUUUUUAGGGAAAACUACAACAAGCCUUGGCUGAGCUUUAAUGAGGCAGAUGAUGAUACUCGAAAAAUAUGGUGGACUGAAUGGAGGAAAUGCUUUGACAUUAUUGAUACGGAGGAGGAUGAUAUCUAUCAAGCUUGGAGGUUUAGGGCUGCCAAGCGCUUGCGAGGUAUGCUCCAUGCCAUUUGCAAAAAAGGUGCCCGUCCAUAUUGGAUCCCACCAGAAGUUCUUGGUGAAUUGAUGAGACGUUGGGACACUGAUGCCUAUAGACAAUUACAGGCAAGAAGUGCAGCUGCCAGAAAAUCGACUCGAGGUACUUUCCUUCACACUACAAGAGGCACCACCUUUCCAGAAGCGAGGUUACGCUUGCACACUCAUAGUCGCAAAGAGCAUAGGACACAAUGGGUUGAUGAACACUCCCGAAAGACAAAGGAUAUAUAUCAAGAGCGUAUGUUUCAGGCUGAACAAAAGUGGCAGGCUGCUAUAGAGGCUAGUGUAACUGAUUCACCGCCUAUCUCUGAGGAAAGCAUAUGGAUUGAGACAAUGGGUGGAAAACGAAGAGGUAGGCUAUAUGGCAUGGGUGAGGUAAGGGACUCUUCCAUGGUGUGA